AUGUCAACAACACCCACCAAACUACCUGUACCACCCAUCAAUGGCGGUAGCACCGACGACUCUUCAGAUUUUGAGAUCAUCGAGAUUGCCCCCAACGGCGAUAUCGUCCUCGACGUAACCUUCGAAACCUCAAAGCCCGUCAUCCUUGCUGCCAAGAAAGCCUUCGCCGCCUAUUCCGCCCGACCAACUCCUCGUCAGGCCAGCAAGGCACCUGGACAAGGACCGGCAAAGACACUCGCAAAACCACCCAGGCCACCACCCAAGCCCAGAGUGAGGGUUGGUUUUCGUGUUCAUCUAUCGGUGUUGAAGGAGCAUUCACCUUACUUCGCCCGCCUACUAUCGGACACGCGUUUUGCCGAGGCCAAAGCUGUUGAAGCGGCGCUUGCUAAGCUUUCGUUGGAAAAUGUCAGCCCUGGGGAGGCGGACUGGACUCAGUUGCCAAGGGUGGCCAUCAGAGAAGAUGAUGAGGCUACGCAGAGCGCCGAGGUGAGGUAUGUCUUUCAUGACUUGAUGUACAUACUACAUUAUGGGGGGCUGCCGGCACCGCCAGCACCACCGGCAGACGAAACACCACAGGCUGCAGACGCAACACCGCCGGCAGAAUUUAUAGGAGUACCACCACCGACCUCAAAGGCAGCAUCAGUACCUACCUCAAAGCCAGUAUCCAAACCGGCAACGAAGACAGCAACACCCGUAAAGGGCCAAAGGCCAGGACGAGCACCAGGCAAGACACCAGUCAAAACCCAGUCAAACGGCCUGAAAAAGCCGCUCGAAAAGGCACCACCAAAGCCAGGGGCAGAUGAAUCCAAACAGCCAACACCACCACCUUCACAACCCCCCCUGACAAUCCCCUACCUAAUCACCCUCUGCCUCCUGGCCGACCGCUUCUCCUGCAUCCCCUCCCUCUCCCGUCUCGUCUCCUCCUCCCUCGCCACCAACUCCCCUCUCACGCCCCCGAUCCAAAUCCAGACCCAGAUCCAAACCAAAUGGCCACCCACACCAACCCGCAUCACGAAAGACCAAGACGGCCACGUCCUCACUCUAGCUAGUGAAGAGCUUUUGCGUCAAAAGAUUUUGGUUUCUUGGUUAUUGAAUUUCCCAGUCAAGUUCCAGGCUGCUACGAGGGAACUGGUUAUGUAUGGAAGUAGGAGAUGGACGCUUUCUGCCCCGGUUGAGGAGGAGGCGGACGAUGAGGAGGGCGGCGGCGGCGGCGGCGGAGGAAUUGAACAUAGGUUCAAAGCCCGCUGGUGGGAACUGCCUGACUCAUUGGAAGAGGAAUUGUCGUACCGGAGAAACUGCCUGCUCUCAGUCCUGGCUUCCAUCCCCCGCCACUUCUUGCGACUGUACAUCGUCCGCCCGCCACAGACUCGUUCGAUAAUCACGAGCAGCGCAGGCGUAGGAGCCAGCUUCACAUCCAACGCCGCCUCGGCUUUGCAAGCGGCUGCUCAGGGAAGGCAAUGUAAGAUGGGGUAUGAGAGCAGCAUGAGUUGCGAUAGUUAUCAGUUGGGGGAGAUGAUCCGGUUUCUUUGCACGAAGGGGUUGUUAAGUCUGGUGGAUUUCAGCCCAAUGAGCUUUGAUCGUGCUAUCAAUCAGUAUGAUGGCGGGGAGAACCCCCUUGCAAAGGUCGACGCUGGUAACGCGCCGGGGGCGGGUGUAGUGUUUGGACCUCCUAAACCUUCCACUGGUGGUAAGGGGGCAGGGACAGACAAUGGGCUUGGAGGCAUCUCAACGAUGGAAAUCAGCCACUUCAUUUCAAUCCUGCGCCAGUGUCCGAGUUAUCAAAUUGAUCGGAAUCAUACCAAUUGCGGCUUCCGGACGAGGAUCCUGCCGCUUUUGGAGUACGUACAGGCUAUGCUUGGUAGCGAGACCAUUGCCAUCAAGAGAGGCGACUGGGAUAAGAGGAGGGAGGAGGUCAGUUGGGUCAGUUUGGUGCAGGCGCGAGAAGAGGAUGACAAUGACAGGGAGAAAAAGAAGAAGGUGUUCAAGUUCACCAGAAGUCUGGCGGCUGAUCCAAGAAUGAGAUAUGCUGGCACGCUGGGAACGAAUAAGAUGGCGAUGGAACUGUUCCUCGCUGACGAGUGGGAUUGGACGGCAGAAGAGUAUUGA